AUGGGGUCACAAUCGGGGCUCGCAGCUCCAGGAAGCAGCACAUAUUCCUCGAAUACUCUCCAUGUUGGAGAUGGCACUUGGGACUCACAGCGCGAUACCUUUCUGCUACCGAAUUUGAUGGGAUUGAACUUUGAGACGAUGCGCUACAAUGGUAUGGGCAAUCGUUUUAAAGAUAUGGCCGGUUACCAUUCCAUAAUUAUCGCCCACGGUGUCAUUGCAACCAUUGUUUUUCUGGGCAUUGUCCCGACCUCAACUCUCAUCAUUCGAUACUACUCUCGGUGGAAUCCAUUCUGGGCCUUCAAGCUUCAUGCUUGGUGCCAGGUCCUUACUUUACUCUUGACGACAGUCGUUUUUGUGCUCGGGUGGUUCGCGGUUGGACCAGAGAGAAGCCUUACCAACCCCCAUCAUGGGAUCGGUCUGGCUAUCUAUGUCAUAGUGAUCUUUCAAGUUCUUUGGGGCUGGUUUGUGCACAAAGUUGAGAGCAAACGAAGAAGUCGCCAUGUUCCACUGAAGCUAGUGUUCCAUCGGUGGCUCGGUCGUGGGCUCACCAUUUUGGGCAUUGUCCAAAUACCAUUAGGGCUCACUCUCUACGGCUCUCCAAAGAUUUUAUUUAUUCUCUUCGCUCUAGCGGCUUUUGCGCUGUUAGUGACCUACUUCAUCCUCUCGUAUCGUUACGACACCGAAGGAUAUCCCAUGGGAAGCGAGCAUGGCAGUCGUUACACUGGAACUGCGGUUACUGAAGAACGCCAUCACAGCCGAUGGGGAGAAGCUCUGGCCGGUGGAGCUCUUGGGGCAGGUCUGGCUGCUAUAUUCCGAAAGCGCCGAACGUCGGGUCAAGCUUAUGAGGAGUCGCGCACGUCGUACUCGGACGAAAAAUACUCUGAUGAAGUCUCCAAUCGCGGAGGUGGAUGGGGAAAGAAGCUUCUUGAGAUAGGCGCCCUCGCCGGUGCUGGUCUUCUGGCAAAAGGAUGGUGGGAUCGAAGAAAAAGACGAGAGGAGGAUGCCGAGGCAGGCCAGUACAGACCUGCCCACACACGGACCGAUAGCUACUCGGAAGAUUCUCUCAGCAGGCUGGAAGACGGACGACCGGAGCCGAGUCAUCAAACACCCCUUAAUCGCCCUCCGAGUCGCCCACCAAGCCGGCCUCAGAGUCCUGGCUCGUCUUACUACUACAACAGCACCUACUUCACCGAGCCAGAGGGUGGUGGACGCGGCCAUGGUAUUCGAGAUGCUAUACUCGGCGCUGGAGCAUUUGCCGCCGUGAAGAAGCUGUUUGGACGCAAUAAAGAUGACGAAGAGAAACGUCGGCUGGAAGACAUCCGACGUUCAGAAGAGGAAGACGAAAGGCUGCAGCGAGCAAACAGCAAGCGGCGACAACAAUAUGCUACAGGUACUUCAGGUGCCGCGGGUGCCGCAGGUCCAGGUUUCUACCCGCAGCGAAGGCAUACCAGUGCAUACAGUGAAAGCGACCUCACUUCGACUGAUAUGACUCCGCGGCCACCUCGACAGCAGUCGCAUGGAGAGUCAUUUCUCAGCGGGGAACCCACCGGAGCCGGUCAUCCUAUGCCCUCAGAUAUCCCUCCUAUCCCACCAGCACACCAACAACUGUCGGGUGAUCUACGAUCCUCACGGACUCAUUCCCAUGAGGGAAGAGACUUUGCAGCUGGGGCCGCAGCUGGAGCAGCUGCCGCUGCCGCGUCCAGUUACCGUCCGAGCAGCGGUAGCCGGCAUCGAGACGAGCACGUCGAGUCUCCGCCAGUGUCUGUAAAAGUAAAGAUGCACAACGACGGCCGACAUGUGACCCUUCGUCGUCUAACCGAAGAAGAAGCAGCAGCGAGUCGCGAAGCACGACGCCGAGAGCGAAGGAGCUCUCGCCGACGCACCGGCAGCGCAAGCUCUCUGUCAGGUGGCGAAGGCAGCAAUGACCGCUGGCGCCGCGUGGAAGAAUUGGAGCGCCAACAAGCAGAGCAAAUGCAGCGCGAGCAAGAAGCUGCUGCCGCGGCUGCAGCAGGGUCAGCAGGAGGACCAUCUGUUGCUCCGUCUUCUUACGCCCAACAGUCUCAGAUGAGCAAUAUGCCUCCGCCACCUCCGGUACCACACCCGGCGCCCUCAAGCAUGCCUUAUGGUGCCGGUAGCGUCACGUCACCGGGGACAUGGACCGGGACUGACGCCAGCGGAUCCUACGCAAACAACCGGCGCCGGCGCCGUGCAGAACGAGCUCGCGCACGCCAGGAUCGACAACAGUCUCACGGUGUGGAGUUUACCUGA